AUGCGGUCGCAGUUGACACGCCAUGUCUAUCGUCAAUUGCUGGCAGGCCGUGGCUUUCUGCAGCCCUGUCCCCCGGCCCUCCUCCCCGGCCGCUGCCGCUGUCUCUCGACGACGACAUUAACGACAUCGCCGUCGCCAUCGCCACUGACGUGCGCCGCCCCCCGCCCGCUCCAGCUCGUCGUCCGCCACCCCUCGCGCAGGACCUUCUUCGGCGUCUUCAAGAAGCCCCCGCGCCAGCUGAAGGAACCCGAUCUCGAGCCCGGCUACGAUGUACUCCUCAAGUUUGGCAGCAUGGAACACGAGGGCGCCCGCCUCCCCGCCCCGGGCACCCUCCUCGUUGGCUUGAGACGCCACAUCGAAUUCAAGAAGAAAUCCCAAAAACCCCUAACCCCGACCCAGGCAUCUCUGGCUGCCAGCCUGACCCGCCACUUGGUUGACACAGCACCCGAAGGCGACGAGGCAGGUAGUCUCACGCUUGCAGACCUAAGGCUGGCUCUGGAAGUAGCUACCGACCCCCCGAAGGGGAGCACUGAGGAUCAUUUAGAGCUUGCAGAGUUAUUAUACGGGGAGAUCCGGCGGAGGACCCAGAGCCUACCCGAUUCUGCUGAUCUUUGCGAGCAUGUUGAGCCAGCCCAGGAGAGCCCUGCCGACAGUUCUAUCCAUAGCGACUUCUCGUUGUAUCUCACAGCCCUGGCCCAGUAUGAAGCCCCGGUCAAAGCCGCCGAGCUUCUGUCUGAGCACUGCGCCAAGCUCCGGGGCGACAAGGCGAGGUACAAAGAGGCCAAAUCUCUAUGGCCAAUCGUCUUACAAGGCCUCGCCAACGAAGGCCUGGAAGAGGAACUUCUCCAAACGUUGGAGAAGGCAACCGAGGCCGGGGUCGAGUUCAAGCCAAUCGUCCAUGAAAUCAUGACCACAUUCUUCGCUGAACGGGACAGGGUUCAAGAAACGAAGCAGUGGUUUAAGAAGCCAAUCUUUUCCAAAGUGUCGCCCACGCCCGAAACAUACGCGGAGUUGGUGGGGUUCGCGGUGCGCAACAACGAGCAGCAAUGGAUACGGCCCAUCUUCGAGGGCCUGAUCAGCUCAGACGUGCCAAAGGCAACAUGGGACGUCAUCCUCCAAUGGGCCGUGCUCGCCAUGGACAAAGGCGUCGAGGACAUUAGGCAACUGAUCAAUGUGAUGAGUACGAAGCGGUAUUCCGGCAACGCCAAGAGGCGCCCAGCGCCCGACUCGACCACCAUCGACCUCUUGAUCCAAGCAGCCAUCGAGAAAAACGACUCGUACCUUGCAGAGCGCUUUCUGUCCCUGGGCUCGGAGCUGGGCAUACCACAGGAGUCGUCUACCUAUCUUCUUCAGAUGGAUUAUCGCCUUGGCGCAAAAGACUUUGGCGGAGCCGAUGUCAUCUACCAAAAGCUCAAGACUGGGGAGAUCCAAUGCUGGAACAACGAGCAUUUCCCCAUUCUGAACAAAUAUAUCCGGGCAUUAUGCACCGAAGCCGAGCCAGACCUCGAGCAGAUCAUGGACGUCACCAGCGAGCUCGAGCACCGCCACGCCGUCCUGGAGCCCGAGACUGUCGUCGAUCUCUGCAUGGUCUUGAUGCGAUGUGAGCAGCACUACGAGGUGAUUGACACGCUGGCACUCCAUACCGCGUCGUACAGCCUAGAAGAGCGCGGCGAGGUGCGCAACGCCUUUGUGCAGUACUGCCUCGACAAAAAGACCAGCACGGCGCGCGUGUGGGACGCCUACUCGCUACUGCGGCAGUUCUUCCCCGAGAUGGAGGCGGCGGAGCGAGUUCAGCUCAUGGAAGCUUUCUUCAAUCGUAAGCGCCCCGACAUGGCCUGCCACAUAUUCGGGCACAUGCGCGCCCAAGGCAACACGGCGCUGCGGCCCACUGAGGAGGUGUACGUGAUGUGCCUCGAGGGGCUCGGCCGCUACCCCGACGCCGAGAGCUUGCGCAUGGUGCACAACAUGCUGAAGAUGGACGCGACGGUCCAGAUGAGCACCAAGCUGUACAACGCCCUCAUGGUCGCCUACGCGGCCGGCGACGACGCGCCCGCAGCCCUCCAGUUCUGGAGCGACAUCACCAACUCGGCCGAAGGGCCCACAUACAACAGCCUGGCCGCCGUCUUCUGGGUCUGCGAGCAGCUGCCCUGGUCUGGAGAUAAGACGGCGCGCGAGAUCUGGCGCAAGAUGCAGCGCAUGGACCUCGAGGUCCCCCCGGCCGUGUUCUGGUCGUACUGCGGCGCCCUCGCCGGCCAGGGCUUCCUGGAGGAGGUCAAGCGGCUGAUACGGGACAUGGAGACGAGCGUCGGCUACGCGCCAGCCGCAAUGACGCUCGGAGUGACGUACAACGCCCUGCGAGAGUACGACAAGAAGGAAGAAUUCGAAGCGUGGGCCAAGGACGAGUUUCCAGACGUGUGGGCCAGCCUCGCCCGGAGAGGCGUCCAGGUAACACUCAACGGGCCCAAGUUCAAGAUACAACGACCGAUAGAAGCGUGA